AGCGGCGGUCGCGGCGCGCGCAGACGCUGGAGAGCAGUGUCCUGGGGCCGGGCCAGGAGAAGGGCCUGAGCACACGGGACCCGGCCCCGGACUCCCCGUGCACCUGCCUGCCCGCCCGCAUCCGCGAGAUCGUCACUCAGCACCUCUCCCUGCCCGAGAGCCCAGCCCUGCCACCGGCCACCGAGAUGGCGUCGCUGCUGUCGCUGCAGGAGGAGAACCAGCUGCUGCAGCAGGAGCUGUCCCGCGUGGAGGACCUGCUGGCCCAGAGCCGGGCCGAGCGCGACGAGCUUGCCAUUAAGUACAACGCGGUCAGCGAGAGGCUGGAGCAGGCUGUGCGGCUGGAGUGUGGGGAGCCAGAGACGCAGGAGCCGCGGGGGCUGGUGCGGCAGAGCGUGGAGCUGCGGAGGCAGCUGCAGGAGGAGCAGGCCUCCUACCGGCGCAAGCUGCAGGCCUACCAGGAGGGCCAGCAGCGGCAGGCCCAGUUGGUGCAGCGGCUGCAGGCCAAGAUUCUCCAGUACAAAAAGAAGUGCUCGGAGCUGGAGCAGCAGCUGCUGGAACGAUCCUCGGAGCUGGAGCAGCAGCGGCUGCGGGACGCAGAGCACAACCAUGACCUGGAGAGCGCCCUCCUCCGCCUGGAGGAGGAGCAGCAGAGGAGCGCCAGCCUGGCACAGGUGAAUGCCAUGCUCCGAGAGCAGCUGGAGCAGGCGGGCUCGGUCAACCAGACUCUGAGCGAGGACUUACGCAAGGUGACCGGCGACUGGACACGCAGCCGCCAGGAGCUGGAGCAGCGGGAGGCGGCGUGGAGGCGCGAGGAGGAGUCCUUCAACGCCUACUGCAGCAGCGAGCACAGCCGCCUGCUCGUGCUCUGGAGACAGGUGGUGGGCGUCCGGCGGCUGGUCAGCGAGAUGAAGAUGGGCACUGAGAGGGACCUACUGCAGCUGGGAGGGGAGCUGGCCCGGACAUCGCGGGCCAUCCAGGAGGCAGGCCUGGGGCUGAGCGCAGGCCUGCGGCUGGCGGAGGACCGGGUCGAGGCAGCCCUGGAGAAGCAGGGGCUGCUGGAGGCCCAGCUGCGGGACAAGGUGCGGCGGGAGAAGGACCUGGCCCAGCUGCAGGUGCAGAGCGACCUCGACAAGGCUGACCUCAGUGCCAGAGUGGCAGAGCUGGCCCGGGCAGUGGACCACCUUCGGAGCCAGAGCGUGGAGAAGGACCAGGUCAACAAGGCCCUCACUGAGAAGCUGGAGGCCCUGGAAUCCCUGCGCCUACAGGAGCAGGCGGCCCUCGACACUGAGGACGGAGAGGGGCUGCAGCAGACCCUGAGGGACCUGGCACAGGCGGUCCUGUCGGACGCGGACAGUGGCGUCCAGCUAAGCGGCUCCGAGCGCACAACGGACGCGUCGGACGGCAGCCUGAGGGGGCUCUCGGGCCCGCGCACCCCGUCCCCGCCGCGGCGCUCCUCGCCUGGCCGCGGCCGUUCCCCGCGUCGAGGCCCGUCCCCGGCCUGCUCCGACUCCUCCACGCUCGCGCUGAUCCACUCGGCCCUGCACAAGCGCCAGCUGCAGGUCCAGGACAUGCGUGGGCGCUACGAGGCGAGCCAGGACCUCCUGGGCGCCGUGCGCCAGCAGCUCGGCGACUGCGAGGGGGAGCGCCGCGCCCUGGAGGAGGAGCUGCGGCGCCUGCGGGACGAGGCUGCGGGCGCCGCCCAGGCGCGGGAGGACGCCCAGCGCGAGGCGCAGCGGCUGCGGAGCGCCGGCGACCUCCUGAGCAGGGAGAAGGACAGCCUGGCCCACAGCCUGCAGGAGGCCCAGCAGCGGGCCGAGGAGCUCCGGCAGGAGCUGGAGAAGCGGCAGGCGGCCCAGGAGGAGCUGCAGCGCCAGCGGGACCGGCUGGAAGAAGAGCAGGAGGACUCGGUGCAGGCGGGGGCCCGGGCUCGCAGGGAGCUGGAGCGCAGCCACAGGCAGCUGGAGCAGCUGGAGGUGAAGCGCUCGGGGCUGGCGAAGGAGCUGCUGGAGGUGCGGGAGGCGCUGAGCUGCGCCACGCUGCAGCGGGAUGUGCUGCAGGCUGAGAAGGCCGAGGUGGCCCAGGCGCUGACCAAGGCUGAAGCUGGCCGAGUAGAGCUGGAGCUCGCCAUGACCAAACUGAGGGCCGAGGAAGCCUCUCUGCGGGACUCCUUGUCCAAGCUGAGUGCCCUCAACGAGAGCCUCGCGCAGGACAAGCUGGGGCUGAACCGCCUCGUCGCCCAGCUGGAGGAGGAAAAGACGGUGCUGCUGGGCCGGCAGCGGCAGGCGGAGCAGGAGGCCGCCUUGGCGCUGGGGGAGCAGGGCCGGCUGGAGCAGCUGCGGCUGGAGCAGGAGGUGGAGCGGCAGGGCCUGGAGGGCUCCCUGCGGGCGUCGGAGCAGGCUCGGGAGGCGCUGGAGCAGCAGCUCCCCGCGCUGCGCCAGGAACGCAGUCAGCUGCAGGAGCAGCUGGCCCAGGUCUCCCGGCAGCUGAGUGGACGGGAGCAGGAGCUGGAGCAGGCCCGGCAGGAGUCACAGCGGCAGGUGGAGACGCUGGAGCGGGCAGCCCGGGAGAAGGAGGCUCUGGCCAAGGAACGGGCCAGUCUGGCCGUGCAGCUGGCCGCAGCGGAGCGUGAAGGCCGGAGCCUGUCAGAGGAGGCCACCCGCCUGCGCGUGGAGAAGGAAGCCCUGGAAAGCAGUCUGUUCGAGGUGCAGCGGCAGCUGGCCCAGCUCGAGGCCCGCCGAGAGCAGCUGGAGGCUGAUGGGCAGGCCCUGCUGGUGGCCAAGGAGACCCUGACUGGGGAGCUGGCGGGCCUGCGGCAGCAGAUGAUAACCACAGAGCAGAAGGUGGCCCUGGACAAGGAGCUGAUGGCCCAGAGGCUGGUGCAGGCCGAGCGGGAGGCCCAGGCCUCUCUGCGGGAGCAGCAGGCAGCCCACGAGGAAGACCUGCAGCGGCUCCAGCGGGAGAAGGAGGCUGCUUGGCGGGAGCUGGAGACAGAGCGGGCGCAGCUGCAGAGCCGGCUGCAGCGGGAGCAGGAGGAGCUGCUGGCGCGCCUGGAGGCUGAGAAGGAGGAGCUGAGCGAGGAGAUCGCCGCCCUGCAGCAGGAGCGCGACGAGGGCUUGCUCCUGGCCGAGAGUGAGAAGCAGCAGGCCUUGUCCCUGAAGGAGUCCGAGAAGACGGCGCUGUCGGAGAAGCUGAUGGGUGCGCGGCACAGCCUGGCCGCCAUCUCCCUGGACAUGGAGCGGCACAAGCGAGAUGCCCAGAGCCGGCAGGAGCAGGACCGGAGCACCGUGAACGCCCUGACGUCCGAGCUGCGGGACGUCCGCACCCAGCUCGAGGAGGCCGCGGCGGCCCAUGCCCAGGAGGUGAAGCGGCUGCAGGAGCAGGCGCGAGACCUGGGCAAGCAGCGGGAGUCCUGCGUGCGCGAGGCCGAAGAGCUUCGCUCUCAGCUGCGCCUGCUGGAGGCUGCCCGCGACGGGCUGCGGCGGGAGCUGCUGGAGGCGCAGCGCAGGGUGCGUGAGAGCCAGGAGGGCCAGGAGGCCCGGCGCCAGGAGGCGGGCGAGCUGCGGCGCAGCCUGAGCGAGGGCGCCAAGGAGCGCGAGGCCCUGCGGCGCUCCAACGAGGAGCUGCGGGCCGCCGUGAAGAAGGCCGAGGGCGAGCGCAUCAGCCUGAAGCUCGCCAACGAGGACAAGGAGCAGAAGCUGGCGCUUCUCGAGGAGGCCCGGGUGGCCGCGGGCAAGGAGGCUGGGGAGCUGCGGGCCGGGCUGCAGGAGGUGGAGCGUUCGCGGCUAGAGGCCCGGCGGGAGCUGCAAGAGCUGCGGCGGCAGAUGAAGACGCUGGACAGCGAGAAUGCCAGGCUGGGCCGGGAGCUGGCGGAGCUGCAGGGCCGCCUGGCGCUGGGCGAGCGGGCAGAGAAGGAGAGCCGGCGGGAGGCCCUGGGCCUCCGGCAGAGGCUGCUGAAGGGCGAGGCCAGCCUGGAGGCGGUGCGGCAGGAGCUCCAGGGAGCGCAGCGGAAGCUGCAGGAGCAGGACGGAGAGUUCCGGGUCCGCGAGCGAGGCCUGCUGGGCUCCCUGGAGGAGGCCCGCGGCGCCGAGAAGCAGCAGCUGGAGCGCGCUCGCGGCCUGGAGCUGAAGCUGGAGUCGGCCCGGGCCGAGGCCGCCGAGCUGGGGCUGCGGCUGAGCGCGGCCGAGGGCCGGGCGCAAGGCCUGGAGGCCGAGCUGGCCCGCGUGGAGGCGCAGCGGCGCGCGGCCGAGGCCCAGCUGGGCGGCCUGCGCUCGGCUCUGCGCCGCGGCCUGGGCCUCGGCCGCGCGCCCAGCCCCGCCCCGCGGCCCGUGCCCGGCUCCCCGGCUCGAGAAGCGCCCGCGGGGGGAAGCGAGGAAGGGUUCAGCAGCCCUGGGUCCCAGCCGCCGUCCCCCGGAGCUGCCACCUCCCCAGCUCCUCCAGACCUGGACCCCGAGGCCGUGCGGGGGGCCCUCCGGGAAUUCGUGCAGGAGCUGCAGAGCGCCCAGCGGGAACGGGACGAGCUUCGGACCCAGACAGGCGCCCUGAGCCGCCAGCUGGCCGAGAUGGAGGCUGAGAGGGACAGCGCGACCUCGCGGGCCAGGCAGCUGCAGAAGGCGGUGGCCGAGAGCGAGGAAGCCCGGCGCAGUGUGGAUGGGCGGCUGAGCGGGGCCCAGGCGCAGCUGGCACUGCGGGAGGAGAGCGUGCGGCGCAGCGAGCGGGAGCGCCGGGCCACGCAGGACCAGGUGGCCGCGCUGGAGAGGAGCCUGCAGGCUGCCGAGAACGAGCUGCGGGCGAGCCAGGAGAAGCUCAGCAAGAUGAGGGCCAACGAGGGGAGGCUGGAGAGCGACCGGCGGCGCCUGAAGGAGGUGCUGGACGCCUGCGAGGGCCGCGCCGUGAAGCUGGAGCUGCAGCGGCGCUCGCUCGAGGGGGAGCUGCAGCGCAGCCGCCUGGGCCUGAGCGACCGCGAGGCGCGGGCCCAGCUCCUGCAGGACCGCGUGGACUCCCUGCAGAGACAGGUGGCAGAGGGUGAGGUGAAGGCGAAGACCCUGCAGUUAACAGUGGAGCGGCUGAGCGCGGCCCUGGCCAAGCUGGAGGAGAGCGAGGGGGCCCUGCGGGACAAGGCGCAGGGCCUGACGGAGGCCCUGGCCCAGAGCAACGCCAGCCUCACCAGCAGCCAGGACAAGAACCUGCACCUGCAGAAGGCCCUGACGGCCUGUGAGCACGACCGCGAGGUGCUGCAGGAGCGGCUGGACGCCACCCGGCAGGCUUUAUCUGAGGCACGGAAGCAGAGCAGCUCCCUGGGCGAGCAGGUGCAGACGCUGCGGGGCGAGCUGGCGGACCUGGAGCUGCAGCGGGCGGAGGCCGAGGGCCAGCUGCAGCAGCUGCAGGAGGUGCUGCGGCAGCGGCAGGAGGGCGAGGCUGCGGCUCUGCACUCGGUGCGGAAGCUGCAGGACGAGCGGCGGCUGCUGCAGGAGCAUCUGGGCAGCCUGCAGCGCGCCCUGGCUCAGCUGGAGGCCGAGAAGCGCGAGGCGGAGCGCUCCGCCCUGCGGCUCGAGAAGGACCGCGUGGCCCUCCGGAGGACCCUGGACAAGGUGGAGCGGGAGAAGCUUCGCAGCCACGAGGACUCUGUGCGGCUGAGCGCGGAGAAGGGCCGCCUGGACCGCACGCUCACGGGGGCGGAGCUGGAGCUGGCUGAGGCCCAGAGGCAGAUCCAGCAGCUGGAGGCCCAGGUGGUGGUCCUGGAGCAGAACCCCAGCCCCGCCCAGCUGGAGGCCGAGGAGCAGCAAAGGCAGGAGCUGCAGCAGGAGGUGGAGCGCCUGCGCAGUGCCCAGGUGCAGACGGAGCGCACGCUGGAGGCGCGGGAGCGGGUCCACCGCCAGAGGGUGCGUGGGCUGGAGGAGCAGGUGUCCACCCUGCAGGGGCAGCUGCAGCAGGAGCUGCGCAGGAGCUCAGCGCCCUUCUCCCCGCCCUCUGUCCCCGCCGAGAAGUGAGCUCCCCCACUGGGCAGCCUGCAAGGCAGGGAGGAGCCGCCUCUGCCCGUGACCGCCCAGAGCUGGCGUGGAGGUGGGGGAUCCCCAGGUCUCCAGGGACGAACCACUCUGGAUUGUACAAGGUGGAGCGAAAGCUGGAAGCCUGGGCGAGCUCUUGUCUGGCCAGCCUGGAGCAGGGGCUCAUGGGAAGGAGCAGGAGUCAGAGACGCAGGUCCUGUCUCUGGCUUCCCAGAAAUCUCUCUGCCUUAGUUCAGAGCGUUUAUUAGGAACCUCCUCAGAGUUACUGUAUUUUUAUACCUUUUUCUAAUGUUAACAGUUGAGAAC